UUAAUUUUCAUUCAAGUAUAAAAGCAACGACUUCGUCACCGUACUGCAUCAGACCGAAAAGGAAACAGCUAACCAUGAAGAUCACGUUGUUGUUGUUGGCAGUAUUCGUCUGCGUGCAGUUAGCGAUCGCAGGCUUGAAUAUAGAAGCCAGAAAGGAAGCGGAUGCGUCUGCAGAAAGCUCCGGAUCGAAAAGUUCCCAAGUGGAAAAAAAGGAAGAAUCAUCGCAAAGCUCCUCGGCUUCUAAAUCGUCAAAUGAAAAAGAAAGCUCGAAAAUCGACGGAGCCACAGAAAUCAGCGGAAGCUUAGAAACCGGCCGAGGCUCGGAAAGCGACAAAAAAUGGAAGAACGGCGGAAGCUCCGAAAGUGGCGAAAAUUGGAAGAACGGUGGAAACUCGGAAAGUGGCGAGAAAUGGAAAAACAGUGAAAGCUCGGAAAAGGGCGGAAAAUGGAAGAAAGGUGGAAGCUCGGAAAGCGGCAAAAAUUGGAAGAACGGCGGAAGCUCGGAAAGCAACAAACAUUGGAAGAGCGGUGGAAGCUCGGAAAGUGGCGAGAAAUGGAAAAACAGUGAAAGUUCCGCAAAGGGCGGAAAAUGGAAUAACGGCGAACAUUCGGAAAGCGGAGAAAAAUGGAAGAAUGAUGGAAGCUCGGAAAACGGCGAAAAAUGGAAGAACGAUGGAAGCUCGGAAAACAGCGAAAAAUGGAAGAACGGUGGAAGCUCGGAAAGCGACAAAAAAUGGAAGAACGGUGGAAGCUCGGAAAGCGACAAAAAAUGGAAGAAAGGUGGAAGCUCGGAAAGUGGCGAGAAAUGGAAGAACAGUGAAAGUUCGAAAGAGGGCGGAAAAUGGAAGAACGAUGGAAGCUCGGAAAGCGACGAAAAAUGGAAAAACAGUGAAAGCUCGGAAAAGGGCGGAAAAUGGAAUAACGGUGCAAGCUCGGAAAGCGGAGAAAAAUGGAAGAACGAUGGAAGCUCGGGAAACGGCGAAAAAUGGAAGAACGGUGGAAACUCGGAAAGUGGCGAGAAAUGGAAAAACAGUGAAAGCUCGGAAAAGGACGGAAAAUGGAAUAACGGUGAAAGUUCGAAAAAGAGCGGAAAAUGGAAGAACGAUGGAAAUUCGGAAAGCGGCGAAAAUUGGAAGAACGGUGAAAGCUCCGAAAGCGGCAAAAAUUGGAAGAACAGUGGAAGCUCGGAAAGCGGCAAAAAUUGGAAGAACGGCGGAAGCUCGGAAAGCAACAAACAUUGGAAGAGCGGUGAAAGCUCGGAAAGUGGCGAGAAAUGGAAAAACAGUGAAAGCUCCGAAAAGGGCGGAAAAUGGAAUAACGGUGCAAGCUCGGAAAGCGGAGAAAAAUGGAAGAACGAUGGAAGCUCGGAAAACGGCGAAAAAUGGAAGAACGGUGGAAACUCGGAAAGUGGCGAGAAAUGGAAAAACAGUGAAAGCUCGGAAAAGGGCGGAAAAUGGAAUAACGGCGGACAUUCGGAAAGCGGAGAGAAAUGGAAGAACGAUGGAAGCUCCGAAAAGGGCGAAAAAUGGAAGAACGGCGGAAAGUGGAAGAACGGCGGAAGCUCGGAAAGCGACAAAAAUUGGAAGAACGGUGGAAAUUCCGAAAGUGGCGAAAAUUGGAAGAACGGUGGAAGCUCGGGAAGUGGCGAGAAAUGGAAAAACAGUGAAAGCUCCGAAAAGGGCGGAAAAUGGAAUAACGGUGAAAGUUCGAAAAAGGGCGGAAAAUGGAAGAACGAUGGAAAUUCGGAAAGCGGCGAAAAUUGGAAGAACGGUGAAAGCUCCGAAAGCGGCAAAAAUUGGAGGAACAGCGGAAGCUCCGAAAGCGGCAAAAAUUGGAAGAAUGGCGGAAGCUCAGAAAGCAACAAACAUUGGAAGAGCGGUGGAAGCUCGGAAAGCGGCGAGAAAUGGAAAAACAGUGAAAGCUCCGAAAGCGGCAAAAAUUGGAAGAACAGCGGAAGCUCCGAAAGCGGCAAAAAUUGGAAGAACGGCGGAAGCUCGGAAAGCAACAAACAUUGGAAGAGCGGUGGAAGCUCGGAAAGUGGCGAGAAAUGGAAAAACAGUGAAAGCGGAAAUAAAGGCAAAAGCUCAAAAAACAGCGAAAGUUGGAAGAGCAACGAAAACUCGAAGAACGACGGCAGCUGGAAGAGCAGUGAAGAAUCAGAAAAGUGGAAAGAUGGUAAAGCAGUGGCGGAAGACAGCGUUAGUAUAAACUGGGCAGAUGUCAAAGAGCAGAUUAGCAACAUUGCUACAUCCUUAGAAAAGGGUGGUAACCUCGAGGCUGUAUUGAAAAUAAAGAAAGGAGAAAAGAAAAUUUCAAGUUUGGAGGAAAUCAAGGAGAAAAUCUCUGUCCUACUGAAAUGGAUUCAAGAAGGCAAAGAUACUAGCAGCCUAUUAGAUUUGAAAGAGGGUAGCAAGGAUAUUGCGUCGUUGAAAGAAAUCAAAGGAAAGAUCCUUUUGAUUGUUAAGUUAGUGAACGAAGGGAAAGACACUAGUGGUCUUUUAGAUUUAGAAGCGAGUGGCAAAGUAAUUUUAGAAUUGCAAAGCGCCAUAGAAAAGGUUCUCGUAAAGUCAGAAAAGGUAACCAAAGUAUCUGAAGUUUCCGGUUUAGUAAAAAGCAAAACUGUCUCGGACAUAAAACCGCUUCAAGCAGUAAUUCCUUUAAUCCUUGAAUUGCAAAAAACAGACAUUAACCUUAGUACCUUAAACAAGUGGUCCACUGUUAACGUAAAUUCUAUAGAUAAAGAACGCGUCACGAAAACGGUUCCAGUGCUCCUUCAAUCCAUGAAAGGAGGCGAAGAUAUUCAGAACCUUUUGAGUGCGAAAGGUGCAAAGAAACUUGGCAUUAGUGCUUUGGACUUACAGGCAGUUCAAGGAGCUCUUGGCGUGGUUGGAAAGCUAAGUUCAGGUGGUGCGUUGAACUCAAAAGGCUUGUUGAACUUGAAAGACGGCGCUAGUGUGUUAGGUGCAGGAAAAAUCGGAGGAUUAAUUCCUUUACCGAAACUUUAAGAGAUAAACCGAUAAAGGCAGAUAUACUCUCGGAAGAUUUUUUUGGAAGUUGAAUAGUCCGCAAAAAAAUUAUCUCUGAUUAUUAUAAUUUAGCCUAAAAUAUUAAAUAAAAUGGAGAAAUAAGGUUGAAAUAUAUAAAUAAUAAGUUUUAAUUUAUAUGUAAUGUGUUGGGAAGAAAUUUCUCUAAUAACAAGUUGGAUUUAUAAUUUGUCGAUAUAUUGUAAACACGAAAC